AUGUCUAGUUCAUUAUUUGGUCCUCUCUUGGGCUUUUUGGAACGUGUCAAUUCUCUCAAUGCACCCUACCAAGCAUUAUCAUAUGAUGAACAGAAGGCAAUGACCAUUUGGCAAAGGGUCAAAUUCUAUAAUUGGACUUUUGAAUUAUGUGCUUUAGGUGUGUUGUUUCUGGUGUAUGCAUUUUACAAAAUUGGUAACUCCGUUAAUUUGAAACGCGGAAACCAGAUCUUUCAAUCCUUGCAUUCAUUUCUGGCCAACGACUUAAAGUUCUCCCGUGUAGGCUUCAAUAUCAACGGCUCCAAAAUUUUCACCGUGGAGCACCAAAACACAUGGUUUUCUUCUUUUGCUACGGGUAGAUCUGCUAUUAAAAGUAUCAAUUUGAACCUUCAUUUGGUGGCUCGUAGCAACCCUUUUUCUAUGUGCCUAGAAUAUCUGCUUGGAUUUUUUUUUGCCAGCUUGAAAAGUAAGCAACUGGAAGAAUUCAUUGAAAUUGUGAUCAAACCAAAUGGUGUUUCUGUGGCCAGUGAAUCUGCUCAUGCUAACAAGAAUGCUCAGGAAAUUCUGGGCAAGUUCAAAUUCGUUACUUCUAUUGUUAACAAAGAGUUCAUGAAUCAAGCAAGAACAGAGAAUUAUUUCCUGUCCAUUGCACAUACAAGUGAAAAUGACAAAUUGCCAAACAAUUUUGUCUACAUGUCCGACGUCAACCAAUUAUCUGGAUUCAUGUUCCAUUACUCCAAACCCUUUGAGAUUUUAUCUCAAGCUGGUAAUCUUUUGAAGUUUAUUAGUUUCACUGAUUUGCCUGUCGAUCCUCCACGUGAUGAUAAAGAAUGGGAAAAUUCAAUUGAGCCAAAAGCUAUCAUUCGUUGUGCUGUUCCUCAAAACGAGAAUGAAUUGAAGUUGUUGAACCAAAUCAUUGCCCUAGUUGUAGAAAUAUACGAUGGGUGCACUCAAGAUUUGGUUCAAAAGUCACCAAACUUGUUCAUCACCAAUGAUAUCCUGAAGAAGACUACCAACUUGCGUCAACAAGAAUUGAACAAGAUCAGAAAAUUCAUGAAAGAAAGCGAAUUGGAAUUGGCAAAGGAGAAAAAACUGGAGUUGGAAAAGGCCAAGAGACGUCAAUUGAAGGCCUCUGGUCAGCAAGAAAAAGUGGAUCAAAAAAUGAAAGAAAAAAGAGAGAGACGUCUCAGAAACAAACAAAGAACAAGAAUUCAAUAA